CCAACAAAAUGCAAAGUGUCCAGCCCACUUCUAUGAGAUGAGAAGUAAGACCCGAGAUCUUAUUGAACAAUUUUUCUCCUUCUUUCCACUCAAAAACUCCAUUGAAGCAGCCAAGAGCUUAUACUACACGGUAAUCAAUAUAUUUGGAAGUGGCGGAUCCAGUCUCUCACAAAGCAAGGCAGCCGUUUGUUCUCAUCAAGUGAAUCGGAAUAUUGAGCUUCUUUUUGGAUCCAAGAAAUGAACUUAGGGAGACUGAAAAAUGUGGUAGCUGCUGCAGCGAUUGAAGGAUUGGCCGAGGCAAGGGCCAAGAUAUUUGGUCAUGUAAUUAAUCCAACUGGGCAGCGAUCUGCUCACAAGGUUUUACGCAAGAAGCUGAUCGGUGAAAAGGUCUCACAAUGGUACCCACACGAUAUCAUGAAAGAUGACCCUCUUGUGAUGGCUCGUCAAGAGCAAGAGCGUCUCAGCAAGCUUGAAAUGUUGAAACGUCGUGGAAAGGGGCCACCUAAGAAGGGCCAGGGCAAACAGGCUAAGAAACGCAACAAAUAGAGAUGAUACUCUCACUGGUUUGAAAUAAAGGGGUAUCUUGGAUUACCAUUUGCAGUUUGAUUACUAACUUUUCUCAUCAGCCACUUGCUUUCUAGUGAGCAUCAUCUGCAUACUCUUCUACAAUUUUUUUCCAUAUAGUUUGGGCUGUUCGAGCUAGUUUGCUUGUUCCUCGACUAUUUUGCAAUGAGUUAAAUGGGUGGGUAUAUUAUUGGAUUUGGUAUAAUAGAAUGAGAUUUCAAGUAAAUAAAUUUAUGGGAUAAAGGACAAAUAUAGAUUGGAUUUUAGCAAAUCCGGUGGCGUUAGAAAGAAGAUUCAAUUAUCUAUCAUAUAAUAGGUCAUGAGACACCUAAUUCAUUUUGUGCUAUGAGUUGUGAUUCCAAACUAUUAUAAAUGGUAUGCAGAUAUUAUCCGUCAUACUUUUAGAA